CACGGAGCCACCUUCCGGCCGGUGGCACUGUCGGGCUGAGGUUGUGUGGGCUGGGGGCGCCAUGGGGGCCACUGGUGACGCCGAGCAGCCGCGGGGGCCUGGCGGGGCAGAGCGGGGAGGCCCCGAGCCGGGGGAUGCGGGCGCAGCGGGGCAGCUGGUUCUCACGAACCCUUGGAACAUCAUGAUAAAGCACCGACAGGUGCAGCGAAGGGGCCGCCGUUCGCAGAUGACAACAAGUUUCACAGAUCCUGCCAUUUCCAUGGACCUCCUCCGUGCUGUCCUGCAGCCUAGCAUCAAUGAGGAGAUCCAGACUGUCUUCAACAAGUACAUGAAGUUCUUCCAGAAGGCAGCCCUGAACGUACGAGACAACGUCGGGGAAGAAGUGGACGCAGAGCAGCUAAUCCAGGAGGCCUGUCGCAGCUGCUUGGAGCAGGCUAAGCUGCUGUUUUCAGAUGGAGAAAAAGUCAUACCCAGACUGACCCAUGAGCUCCCAGGGAUAAAGCGUGUGCGGCAGGCAGAAGAGGAAUGUGCCCAUCGAGGAAGCCCCAUCCCCAAGAAGAGGAAGGGACGGCCUCCAGGACACAUCCUGUCAAAUGACCGGGCAGCCGCCGGCAUCGUAUGGAAACCAAAAUCCUGUGAACCAAUUCGCCGGGAAGGCCCCAAGUGGGACCCAGCUCGGCUGAAUGAGUCCACCACCUUUGUGUUGGGAUCUCGAGCCAACAAGGCCCUGGGCAUGGGGGGCACCAGAGGGAGGAUCUACAUCAAGCACCCACACCUCUUUAAGUAUGCGGCUGACCCCCAGGACAAGCACUGGCUGGCGGAGCAGCAUCACAUGCGGGCAACAGGCGGGAAGAUGGCCUACCUUCUCAUCGAGGAGGACAUCCGGGACCUUGCUGCCAGCGAUGACUACAGGGGCUGCCUAGACCUGAAGUUGGAGGAGCUGAAGUCCUUCGUCCUACCCUCCUGGAUGGUUGAGAAGAUGCGAAAGUACAUGGAAACACUACGGACAGAGAAUGAGCAUCGCGCUGAAGCACCUCCACAGACCUGAGGCCCGGCCCUGGAUAGACGUGGAUGCCCUCCUCCUAGGCCCUCUCUCCCACGGCCAAGGCCACCACUGAGCCGCUCCUAACAGGAUCUCGGCAGCAUUAUGCUCUACCUAGGCUGGUUUGUAGUGACUCAACUGCAGAGCACCCCAGACAGCCAUGUGGGUCUGUAUUUGUAAAGUUAUUGGGAUACAAAGCAAUUAAAUAGUUUGUAAUAAACAGAUGGUGA